GCCCAGACUCAACUCAGUUGAAUCGGUAUGUUGUGGUUGAAACGCGUUGUGGUAACUCGAUAAUAAAUUAAAACACAUUGUUUGCGCUGAAAUAUUUUCGUCAAUGAAAAUGUGAAUAGAUUGGUUUGAUAUAUAAGUACACAAGUAGAAUUUUGUAUCAGAUGGACAUUAAAAGAAUGGAAACAAGAUAAGCAUCAGUCACCAUGACUCUGCUGCUUUACGACUAUUACGACCUCCAGGAGCGCGCGUCAAGGCAUCUUAACGUUUGGAAAGCAUGGCACUUGAUACUGUACGCCCUUGCUGCAAUCUUUGGGAUUCUCAACUAUGUGUUCCUUCACAAUACCAUGCAAUUGGUCGAUAAUAACUGCGUAUUAUUUCCGAGAGAACUGGCCUUCCGUUCAAUAGAACUGCCCGCGCCAGCAAACAUAAGCUCAAUAGAAGAUACAGUUUUGGCCAACAGUACGACGACAGAAAAUCCUGUAAAAGAUGAUGACGAUGAUGCUCAAAAUAUUCCCGCCCUAGUAGCUAGUGAAACUACAAAUGGAGAAGAAAAAAAUGCAACAAUAACCAAAAGAGACGUGACCAAUUCAAAUAAUACGAGACAAAAUGACACCGAUACAUCUUCUAAUGAGAAUGACGUCAUUGUUCUUUCCGCAAAUGAAACUCAUCGAUUAGUGCUGGAUACUUCAAGGACUCUGUUCGGAUGGGACUCGGACUGCCAGUACGCGGAGUACAUGCCCAUCAUGUCCAUGAUACUCGCUGCAGCGUGGGCCACUUUCUUCGUCAUGUGUCCAGGUGGCGGAUAUUCUAGAUCAGGUCUUCAACAGCCCUGGCGUAUCCUAACCCCUGCGCUGCUGUUCGCGCUAGUAAUGGUGGGUUUGACCGGCCACAGCUUCACCACCACCAACAGAGGCCUCUUCGCCUUCUGCUCGGCUUUCUACAACACCACUAAUGCUACCACAUGCUCAUCCGUGGGCCCCUUCCUGGAACGAUCGUGGAAUGCCUCGUGGAGCUUCGGUGGGCGUGCGGCCGCCGCGCGCGCCGCCAGCGCCGGCGUGUGGGCGAGCUGGGCGUGCGCCGCCGCGCUGUUCCUGGCGCGCUGCCUCACCGCGCCCGACUUCAGCGUCACACGCACCGGCGCUUACCUCAAAGACCCGCAGCAGCGACUCACACCCUACCUGAAAAAGUCAUCGCGCCGCCAUGCCCCUAACAAAUCCAACAACAAUUCGCCGACAAAACGAGAAACCGCCUCAAUCAGAUCUGAACCAACCAUGACCACGGAACUAGUCACGGCAUCAGUGGAACAUGGGCAGGACACAGCGCCCACGACGCCCCAGUUUUCGCCCAUCAAGAGAUUUGAAAAAGAAGACAUUGAGAUGACGACAACGCCUUAUUAAUAAAGCUGAAGACAGAGGACAGAGCCAAAUCGAAUCAUAUUUGCCCAAUUAUUCUCCGUUAAGUUUAAAAUAUACCUACAAAUUAUAUUUAUUUGUGUUAGUAGGUAAUGAUUAAUGAAUAAAGCAUAAUAGAUUUAGCUAAGUUAUAAGAUGAGAGUUUAGGUUAAAAGCAAAUGAGAAAGGAAUCAAAUGACGCAUUUAAAUUUUGUUAUAUAUUUUAUUGUGUGGGUACCUAGGUACUUUAUAAAGUGUUGAUUUUUGUAUUGCUAUUUUGAUUAAUGUUGUUUACGAAAUAAAAUGAUAAAGAAUAAACUUGGAUAAUUAUUAAUUU